GGACCACAUCCUCUCUGUUUGCCCCACCACUCUCACCGUUGACCUCCUCGAGGAGGCCCUCCUAGCGAUAGAGAAGAGCAUAGUCGCUGUAGGAGCUCCUCGUGGUGACCCUCGCACCCCCGUCUUUGAGGGGUCUUCUCCCUCCCCCCUCUUGCCCUCUGUUGCCUCUGCUGGUGCGGCCGACCUCGUUGGUUUCGAGUCGGUCGGCGCUGCGUCUGCCCCGAGCGAGAGACGCCGCACCGGCAAGGGCAAGGGGGGAAAGGGCGCUGGAGGAGCUGGAGGGGGCAGUGGAGGUGGUAGUGGAGGCAGUGGAGGGAGUGGGGGUGGAGGUGGGAGUGGUGUUGGGGGUGGAGGUGGGAGUGGUGCUGGGGGUGGCACCGGCGGCGGCAGCAGUGGAGGCGGCGGAGGCGGUGGAGGUGGCGGAGGGAGCGGAGGCGGCGGGGGUAGUGGAAGAGGCGGAGGUGGAGGAGGCGGCGGAGGCGGCGGAGGUGGCGGCGGCGGUGGAGGUGGCGGUGGUGGAGCGAUUCGCGACUCUGCGCAGAGGAGUGGCGCCGGUGGUGGUCAACGCCAGCAGCAGAUGCGGAGUGGUGUGACCCUGUCCCCUCAGCAGCUUCGUGAGUGGUACACUGCCGGGGUUGCUAUCUUUGAUCUUGACUUUGAUGCUAUCCUUGCUGCCAUGUAUGCUGUUGAUACUGGUGUUGUGGGUGAUUGUUGCCUGUGUGUACCGCCUGACCAGGGCAUUGAGGCUGCUGCUCUAGGUGCUGGUGAGGCUCUUGCUCUAGGUACUAGUGCGUCUACUGCCCCAGGUGCCAGUGCGUCUGCCGCCCCAGGUGCUGGUGAGUCUACUCUCUCAGGUACUACGUCGGCUCAAGCCUUCCACACCUUCACCCUGGACUCGGGUGCGUCCCGCUCCUUCUUACGAGACCGCACCACUCUUUCGCGCUUAGUCGCCCGGUUGCAGUCUCCCUGGCAGACCCCUCUGGGGGUGCUGUCCUUGCUAGCUUCUCCACUAUCCUUCCGUGCCCGGCAGCCCCCUCUCGCACCCCUUCUGGUCUCUACAUCCCCUCGUUCUCUACGAACUUGGUGA